AUGGUGGCAAUUAGGAAAGUAGGGAAAUACGAGGUAGGAAGGACAAUAGGGGAAGGAACCUUCGCCAAGGUAAAGUUCGCGCAAAACACGGAGACUGGCGAGAGUGUAGCCAUGAAAAUUCUCGAUCGAAGUACCAUCAUCAAACAUAAGAUGGUCGAUCAGAUAAAACGGGAGAUAUCUAUAAUGAAGCUUGUUCGACAUCCUUGUGUUGUGCGCCUGCAUGAGGUUUUAGCAAGCCGUACGAAGAUUUAUAUAAUAUUGGAAUUCAUCACAGGUGGUGAAUUGUUUGAUAAAAUCGUGCAUCAUGGCCGUCUUAGUGAGGCUGAAGCUAGGAGAUACUUUCAACAGCUUAUUGAUGGUGUGGAUUAUUGCCACAGUAAGGGAGUCUACCACAGAGAUUUAAAGCCUGAAAAUCUUUUACUGGAUUCACAAGGAAAUUUAAAGAUCUCAGAUUUUGGUCUAAGUGCACUGCCUGAACAAGGAGUUAGCUUGUUGCGGACAACAUGUGGAACUCCUAACUAUGUAGCACCAGAGGUACUCAGUCACAAGGGUUAUGAUGGUGCUGUUGCAGAUGUCUGGUCUUGUGGGGUCAUCCUGUAUGUUCUGAUGGCAGGAUAUCUUCCAUUUGAUGAGCUUGAUCUCACCACAUUAUAUAGUAAGAUUGACAGAGCAGAAUUUUCAUGCCCAUCUUGGUUUCCAGUGGGAGCAAAAUCUUUGCUUCAUAGAAUUUUGGACCCCAAGCCUGAAACACGUAUUACAAUUGAACAGAUUAGGAACGACGAGUGGUUUAAGAAAGGUUAUGUUCCUGUCAGACUUGUUGAGUAUGAAGAUGUGAAUCUGGAUGAUGUAAAUGCAGUUUUUGAUGAUCCUGAGGAACAAAGGGCUGAUGAACAACAUGGGAAUGAGGAUAUGGGUCCUUUGAUUCUUAAUGCAUUUGACUUAAUAAUUCUAUCUCAAGGGUUGAAUCUUGCAACCCUAUUUGACCGUGGGCAGGACUCUGUGAAGCAUCAAACACGCUUUGUUUCAAGGAAGCCAGCAAAUGUUGUAUUAUCAAGCAUGGAAGUUGUUGCACAAUCAAUGGGUUUUAAGACUCACAUUCGCAAUUUUAAGAUGAGAGUGGAAGGUCUUUCAGCUGAUAAGGCUGGUCAUUUCUCAGUUAUUCUCGAAGUAUAUGAAGUUGCUCCAACCUUUUUAAUGGUAGAUAUUCAGAGAGCUGCUGGAGAUGCUGCUGAAUACCUCAAGUUCUACAAGAACUUCUAUAGCAAUCUUGAGGAUAUCAUCUGGAAACCGCCCACUGAGUCGAGCAAAUCUAGAAUCACCAAGUCAAAGAGCAAAAAGCGCUGA